GCGGCGCACCCGCAGGAGCCGCCGGGCGGCGCCGUCGGCGGCGGCCUCCACGCGUCGGCCGCGCAGCGGCUGCGCCCGUCGGGGGCUGGCGCCGCCGCCGCGGGCGGCCCCAGGGUGCGCUCGAGGGGCACUUCGCACAACGGCGCAGGGUUCCGCGACAAGAUUGAGGCGUUGUCGGCCGCGCACGACCUGGAGGUGGCGGACCUGCGGGGCGAGGUGGUCGUCUUGCAGGACCAGGUGGAGCACUACCGGGCGCUCCUCCAAAGGGCGCAGGGCACCUUCGGGCGGAUCCGUGAGGAGCCUUCGUCGGCUGCGGAUGAGUGGUCUGCCGUGUCUGACCUGAUGUUUGAGAUCGCCAGCGAGAUGGCGAGCGAGAUGCAGGACGUCUGGGACAAUGCUGCCGGCAACACGUCGAAGGCAUCGUGCCGCCCCUCACACGCUGGGGUCGUCGCAACGACGCCCGCGCGCACCGCCAUUCAGAAGCAGGCAACCGCCGUGGCCCUGAGCAAGCAGGUGUCAGUUGCCAUGCCGCCUGCAACACGAAGGACUUUGACGCACAACCUGCACCAGCAACAAAAGAAGAUCAAGGGCUCUUCGGUAAAUCUGGACGGGACCCACCUGCAGCGUUUUGUUGGCCACUUUUCGUUCGACUUGGCUUGCGCCUGCAUGAUCAUCACCAACUCCAUCAUCAUUGGCGUCGAGGUCCAGUGGCUGACUACGCACGAGACAGAGCUGGCGGCGACCCAAAUCUUGGGGUUGUUGUGUAGCUGUUUCUUCUUCAUCGAGCUGGUGCUCCGCAUUGUCGCUGAUGGCAUGCGACACUUCUUCGUCCUCUCCGACAACAGAAACUGGAACUGGUUCGACUUUGUCCUCGUGGCGAUGUCGGUCUUCGACGGCGUGUCUUUGGCGGACGGUAGCGGAGCGGCCUCCACCAUCGGGGCGGGUGCGGGCUUCAAGACCAUCCCCAUGGUCGCUCGGCCGUCCCGGAUUGUCCGCGUUGUGAGGGUAUUCCGAUUCUUUAACAAGCUCAGCCAGUUGGCGUUCAUGAUCAUAGAUUCUGUUAAAUCGUUGAUGUGGGCCCUCGUCUUGUUGGGACUCGUCAUUUAUGUGUUCGGUAUUUUCUUCACGCAUUAUACCACCGAGCACAUGAGGCGUCAGGGAAAGGGUAACACGUCCAUCCACAUCGAUGAGCACUUCGGCAACCUGUGGUUGACUCUGUACACCCUAUUCCACAGCAUGCUCAACGGCAUCAGCUGGUACACUUUACCGUCCGCGCUGUAUACCAUCCCUGGUUGGACAGUGCAGACGGCAAGCACGCAGCGGGAGUUUUUGGUGCAGAAAGAGAUGGAGGUCAAGCAGCAGUGGCGCAGCGAGAUGCGCAGCAUCUUCCUAGAGAUGGACGUUGAUCGCUCUGGGACGGUGAGCAAGGACGAGGUAUCGGAUUUCUGUACCCACGAGCGCGUGCAGUAUUAUCUCACCGCGCUCGGGCUGGACGUGCAUGACACGGAGCGGUUGUUCGAGCUUCUCGACGUGAACCACGAUGGUGAACUCGACGUGGACGAGUUUUUGGACGGGUGCUUGCGCCUCAAGGGGGUAGCCCGCAGCAUUGAUGUCUACAGCCUGAUUCAACAGUCGCGCUUGCUGUGCAAGCGCGUUGACGAUAUCGACCUCACUCUGAAAAAGCACCUGGGCAUAAGAAACCACUCUCGUCGCACCAUCCGCGACCCGAGCGAGGCCGAACGGCCACUCUCGGUCUGACCAGACCCCGCCAACUCGGCAAUUCAGCAUCAAUUGCGACCAGCACAGCGAUAGCACUUGAUCCGAGAUUCUCCCGUCCGACUGGGAUUCAGCGUCUUCGGCGGUUUGGCACGCCUGUUCGCAGGAGCGUGCGUGGAAUAGAGAAGGUGCGGCAUCGUUCCCAGCGAAGCCGGGUAUUGCGGCACGGGUGAUUCACAUUCUCUGCACAUCCAGACCAUCCAGAUUUGGCUUGUCGGUGAUGUGUUGCGUUUUUUGUUUACGGGGUUUCUCCUCGAAGCAAACUACCUGGAAUCAGUGAAACAGAAGGCGAGCAUACCAGUCGGAUCACAGGAGCGAUCAGCUUGUGUUGGUUUUCGAUUGACCAUAGCAGCACGCUGAUAUGAGCUUACAGUUGCUUGACUUGGUCUGGCGAACUUGAACUGAGCUUGGUUUAGCUUGCGCUGGGUUGUGCCUUGAGGGUCUCGGCAUGGAAGUGCUGUGUCAUACAGCUAGACUUCUCUCGACCUGUCUGGCGAGUCAGCAUUGGCCAGACACAGCCGGCCGCGAGUUUGGCCAUACGGUCUGCCACAGGCACAUGCAGGAGGAGGGAUAGGAUCUUCGUAGACACGCGUUUUCCAGGUUGCGUCAUCUACGGCGGCUUCAUGGUAGGACGAGUCGCUACACUGGUUUUGGUGCAGACUGCAUGUGCGGCGAUUCGACCCAGUCGCGCACGCAAACACUAUUCCGCCAAUUAUGUUGACGCCACGGGCGUGUGAAGCAUGUUCUCCUGUCCCCAUGUGUUAUCCGUGCCCCCUGCCUGCGUUCCUUCUCUGGCCCUCUAGUUGCAUACAUCCCAUAGUACGUAUUGCGGGGUUGCUGAUUUCGUCGCAGAGGAA